AUGAAGGAAGGUCGGUCGACUGAUGAAGAUCUUCAACCGGCUGAAACAAAUUUUCUCAAGUCUCAACUCACUGGAAUGCUACUAAAUGGUUUGUCAGCCGGCUGUUUUUUUUUUCAGGUAGGUUUGACUUCAAUUCCUCAGUGGCUUGAAGUUCUUUUUGGUGAAAAGUUCUUCAACUCGUGUUUGGUUCAUGAAUCCCAAAAGAAAAAUGAAAAGAACACAUUUUGUUUGGAUUGCUGCACUUGCUUAUGCCCCCAUUGCUUGCCUCCUCACCAGAAUCAUCAUCUCCUACAGGUUCGAAGGUAUGUUUAUCAAGACGUCAUACGAUUGAAUGAUGCCCAGAAAUUGAUCGAUUGCUCCUUUGUUCAAUUAAUGCAGUCAUACACGACAAACAAUUCAAAAGUUGUGUUUUUGCAACAAAGGCCAAUCACUCGACAAUUCAAAGGCUCUGGCAAUCUCUGCAUUAUGUGUAGCCGAAACCUUCAAGACCCAUACCUCUUCUGUUCUCUCUCUUGCAAAGUUCAUCAUAUGGGUGGUGACAAAGUUGGUGUAAUGAAGCAACAUUUGUGCAACUUCGAAUUGGAUGGACCAAGACUCGAAAAUGUCCAAAUGACCCCUGAAUCAGUACUUGAAUUGCCCAUUUCGCUAGGAUUUUCUUCUGGGUCAAGCUCAAACAGUGUUUCUUCACUGAAUUGUAGGACUUUUUCUUGCACUGCGACUACUGAGUUUGUGAAGAAGAAACGUAGCUCUAUCUCGGCUUGUCGGACUCGGUACCGGCUGAAAUGCUCCAAGGCAAUGGAAUUUGGCGUCUCCCUGAACCGGCGGAAGGGUGUUCCUCACCGGUCUCCGUUGUAUUAAGGCUUAAUUAGUCUGCAGAUUAAGAUUUAGUGAGGAACAAGAACAAGAAAAAUAGAAUGUUUUUGUUUGUUUGGUUAUCAUGAAAAUCAAAAGAAUGCAGAAAAUAUAAGAGCAAGUAACUGGUAAGUUGUGUAGUUGAGGAUAUGUCUUGUAUUAUUA